AUGGAACCUCUCGUUGCGGCUCUGAUAGGAUCCCUGUUUGGGUUAUUCCUGCACCAUGCCGUCUUCAUCAACGGCGAGUGGCAUGUUCAAGCACCCGAUAUCCUGAUCUGUCAUUUCACUUCUUUCGUGGCCUUGUUCAUCAUUGUCGAUGUUGCAAGGUACAUGGUUACGGGGUACAUUCUGUCAAUCUCGACCAGUAUGGUUCUUUAUCGGAUAUAUUUCCACCGUCUCAGUCAUUUUCCGGGUCCUUGCUAUGCCCGCAUCAGUAAGAUCUGGCAUGCAUGGCACUCUCGACACCGCCAGAACUACCGGCUUUUGAUGAAGCUGCAUCAUCAGUAUGGAGACUUUGUGAGAACAGGCCCGGGCGAGCUCACAAUCUUCCAUCCGGAUGUUUUCAUGGCCAUUGAUGGACCUCAAGGAGGCUGUGUCAAGUCCGAAUGGUAUGACUUACUUCAACCAAAGCAGUCCUUGGUUACUGCUCGAGACAAGGAAGCACAUGGACUGCGGCGCCGACAAUGGAAUCGUGGCUUUACUCCCCAAGCCCUCGAUCAAUAUCAGGAGCGCAUUUUACCCCUCCUCAGCCAGCUGGAAAGAUGCAUUGAUCAGGACAUUGACUCCAAGAAGGUUACUGAAGCAACUGAUUUGAUAUACUGGCUUGGUUUUGAUCGUAUGGGGGACUUUGUUUUCAGUCAAACAUUCAACAUGCUGUCACGUCAGGAAUGGCACCAUAUCAUCAUGCUGAUGCAACGUGCGCUCUCUCUUCUUGGACCAUUGAGUCCAGUGCCGUGGUUCAUUCAAAUUGCAUUCAAAGUCUUUCCCCGAGUCUGGAUUCUAAAAGAUUGGUUUCGCAUGGUAGCCUGGUGUGAAGAACAGAUGCUCCGACGGCUAGAGGCCCCUAAAGCAAAGACAUCCCGCGCUCCGGAUGUCGCCUAUUAUCUUCUCGAAGAUGUACGUGGUGACCCUCGCCGCUUUCCGUGGCUCAUGGGUGAUAGCAUUCUAGCGAUUGUCGCUGGUAGUGAGCCCACGGCUGCGGUUCUCAUUGGCCUGUUCUGUGAGCUUGCGAGAGCGCCACAGCAUGCGGAGAUCAUCUUGCGGGAAAUCAGAGCUAUCCAGAUCGAAGAUGCGCGGGCACUCGCCUCAAGCUGCCCCCAUCUCGAGGCGUCAAUUUUCGAGGCGCUGAGACUCUACCCAGCCCUGCCCACCGGUGGAAACCGAAAGACGUUGCAGAAUGGUAUCACCGUCGGCGGAAUGUACAUCCCUCCGGAGACUACUAUUGUCGCGCCGCGAUUCUGUAUCUCACGCCGCGAAGAUAGCUUUGAGCAAGCGGAGAAAUUCAUUCCGGAGCGCUGGUACAAAAAGCCCGAGAUGGUGCGCAACAAAUCUGGCUUUGCUCCCUUUGGACUUGGCCACCACAGCUGCCUCGGGCGCGCACUUGCCAUGAACGACAUGCGGCUGAUCACUGCCAAACUCAUUCAAAAAUACCGCUUCAGCUUUCCCGCGGGUGAGGAUGGUAGUGCUGUGCUGGGCGAUCUCAAGGACCAGUUCACUUCGAACCCUGGUCGUCUGCGGCUCGUGUUUGAAUUGCGUGAAGAGUAA